AUGGGUGAUGCCUUUGAUGACGAUGAAGGUCGUUUAAUGAUUGAUGAUGUAGUCGAGUCCUCGAAUCUCAACGUUACUGGUACGUCUGCUAGUAGCAAGAAAACCAAUUCCGCAUGUGCUCAAGACGGGGUUUAUAACACCGAUUCUAAGGAAGAAGGGGAAAUUGAUGACGAAGAAGAUGCUGGUGGAAGUGGUAAUGCUGUAGCUCAAAGUUCUGCCCCGGUCAGCUCACAGCAAAAUUCGAAUACCUGGUCUACUGUUCAACAAGCACAUGGUUUGGAAACUCUCUUGAACGGUGGAAAUAAAAUGGUUUAUAACGGCGAUCAGCAUAACGACCGCAAUCGAGGAACUAGUCACGCUCAGUCCAAUGCUCAUCAGUUGGCUGGAGGAGCUCAAGUUCCCACUACGUCUGCAAAUGUUGCAACAAACUUUCCCAACGUCCUCUGUAAUUCUCAAGCUGCAACUUCUGAAACAAGUGACGGAGUUAAUGGCGUAAAACAGGGCGAUUCGUCACUUAUAGGUGCCCAUUUUAAAAGAUCUCAAGAUGGAACUCGACAACGCACUAAAAUUAAAAAGUCGAAGGAGGAAGCCGCAGAAGCUUCGUCACGACAAACUGUUAGAAAUGAAGGCUCAAGUAUCGAUACGGAAAGUUCUGCCACGGGUAACGUGCAGCCAUUUGUGUCUACUGGAAGAGUGGGGAAGAAAAAGAAGCUAGUUAAUGAUGAAGGGGAUCUAAAGGAAAAUGCGGCUGAUGCGACUGCCACUGUAAGCGAUCAAGCGUCUUCAUCAGCGUUAACGGAGGUCGCAAAUAAACGAAGGAAACUAAAUACACGUGACAAGUCAACGUGUGUAAGCUCGAGAUCAAUCCAAACUAAUGACAGUGAUGUAGACGUUAAAGAGGGGAUGAGUUACUGUUUGGAUUUUACAGUAAUCGGGAAAGUUUCUAAUCACUUGAUUUUUGUUUCGCACUGGAAUGGCCGUGACCUGUAUGGAGUACUUGGCGAUGGCAAGCCACCAAUGGAACAAACUUACAUGGGAAGGCGAUCCAAUAGGAGUUCCUCAGUUUGUCCUGUAAAUGGAUUCCCCGAGAAAUCUAGCAAGAAAGGCAUUUCUGGAAGUGCCGGGAGACCUGCAAGUGCUUCAACAAGCGAACUACCCUCAGUUGCCAAUGAUAGCGUUCAAGAUGAAGAAACUUCGCAGUCACCCGUUUCUUGGUUGUCAGCGGGUGGUAGUGACCCUUUAUACGGUAUCGGUGCGGGUUCAAUCGGCUCGUCUAGCGGACUUACACAGCUAAAAGAAGCUUGUACGUCUGGUAUGCUUGCUUGUCCUGUGGCUGGUUGUGGCUAUCGGUUUGACACUCAGGCUCAAAUGACUUUGCAUCGUAGAAGCCAUUUUGAUCGUUCUGGACAGCGCGCAAUCUAUUUCGAGAGUGUUGCAACGCAAACGUUAGAAACGGACUUUGACUUUCUGGCUGAUAAGGACGAAGAAGCUGAAAUGAGGGAGAAAGAAGUGAAAGCAGAAAUACUAGACGUUCCUGUAGAUGCUCCUCCUGAUUUGAUGCCAGCAUCUCAGCCGCCAAAUAAGCCGCUUAUGUCCCAGAUCAAUAUUGGUACGACUGAUGAGAAAGCUGUUGUGUCGGGAGUUUCUGGUGAGAAUCUGUCGACAAGUCUUACGAGCUCAGAACAACAAAGCAUUAAGAAAAUGUUUGAGGUUGUUGGAAGGCCGAUGGAGACCGGCGGAAUAGUUACUAGUCCAGUAACUAAGAAGAAUAUUCGUUCAGUGACGGAGACAAAACCGACAACGAAAGGCUUUGAAGCUUCUGUAACGUCAGUUGACCAGAGUUGCCCAUCUUCGAGUGCUUUAGAUGCUAUACAGAAAAUGGUUUCUGAUAGCGCACAGUCUGCAAGUGUUUCUUCAGCAGUUUCAGCUAGUUUUUGUACCACUCGACAAGAAACCGUUAAUCGACAAGCCCAGUUGUCUGUGGCUGGAAACUCAAACAAAGGCAUUGUCAACGGAACUAAGAAACCUGGUUCUCCUUACUCGGAUCUUUCGGAUGAUGCUCCUGUACUUGCACCGGAGGUUGUCGAUAAAAGUUCUGAUCCACCCCCUGUAACUGUUAAAUUAUUGUCAAGCCCAGCAACCUCGGGUCUUCUUAGUCCUUUGAGCUUGUCGGUAAGUGGCACUGGUGGUGGCGAAAAAGGUAACGAUUCUCACGGGGCUCUUGGCGAGGUGCCAUCAGUGGGACUGCUGUGCACUAAUGUUUCAUCUGUGACAACUUCGUCAGUUACGACUGCUACGUUAUCGAAUUCCUCGGUUGAGAUUGCUACCAGUGUUCCGUUGUCAUCGUCGACUGUUGAAAUAUCAAAGAAGGCAGAGACAAAGCACCCGCCAGCGAUUUCGUCAGUUGUCAAUUCUUUCUCGCCGAUCUCUCCAUAUCCGCCUCUUGAGGGAAAUACUUUUUCUCAAGCAUUGCGCCCUCCGCUGGGGAUGGCUGUUGGUACACCUAGUCUCCAAGUUGCAAGCACAAGUGCAGGUUUGAUACCACAGCCGUAUUUAGUAAUGCCUUAUGGCAUGGCAGCACUUAGCAGUAGUCCUGUUGUCCCAACUGGAAAGCAUAAAAUCCACGACCUGAAAACCACUUCUUCUGGGAUAUCAAACACUUCGAAAGACAACUCACCUCUUGUGCGAAUGUCACCAUCGAUGAUUGCUUCUCCAGGUGCUCGGCCUCCUUCUGUGGGAUCCUCUGCUACCCAGAACGUUAAUAUUAAGACAAGCCAACAACAGCAGCAACAACAUAGUGUAGGCGCAAGUGCAUCUGGACAACGACCGUCAAGUGGUACUCCUUUUAUGGUGGCCCAACAAAUGACCGCAGCGCAGCCUGGAAGCGAAAGGAAUGCUGCUAAUCUCAGCUUUAUACAGCAGCAGCAACAGCAGGCGAUGUUCUUCCAACAGUACAUGAAUCAAAUGCGUUUUCCUGCCGCAUUCCCUGGAAUGAUGACGCCGCCAACUUCUGUGGCUAUGGCUCAACAGGCUGUUUAUGAACAGUUUGCAGCUAUGCAACAGCUGAGCGGUUAG